AUGGCAGAUUCGCAAACUACAAUUGCUUCGUUAAGAGGAUUAAAUUCUAAACUUACACUCGAGAUUACCGAACUUAGAAAGAAGUAUGCUAAGGUUAAAGCUGAGAAUAUAAAGUUAAAGCAAAUUAUAGAAGAGAAUACUAAAUUUAAGACUAGAUUUGAAAAACAAGAUAGGAAAAAUAAAACAGAUAUUGCAAAUCUUAUAAGCAAGAAUACCAAACUCAAAUCUAGGGUUUUGAAAUUGGAACAAAAGUUACCACAAAAUAAUGAAGAAAAAGGUAACCUUAUUGCUAAAUUAGAUAAUACUGCAUUUUACAAAAUGAAUUUUGAUAAUACCUCUGAACAGAUAAAAGAUAUAUCCAACAAUAUUUCUAAUCCUGAUAUAUAUCAAGAAUCAAUUCAAUACUCUGAGUCACUUAUUUGUACAAUUUCUAAAUCUUCUGAAAAUAAAGAGAUCAAAACUAUUAGCAAUAAAAUAAGAGAGAGAAAUCAGGAAAAGAAGCAUUAA